AUGGCAGCGCCCUCACUGGGCCACCUGGUGCUGGCCCACCUCCUGGUGGCACUCUUUGGCAUGGGCUCCUGGGCUGCCGUCAACGGGAUCUGGGUGGAGCUGCCCCUGGUCGUGAAGGACCUCCCCGAAGGUUGGAGCCUACCCUCCUACCUCUCUGUGCUGGUGGCGCUGGGGAACCUGGGCCUGCUGGUGGUGACGCUGUGGCGGCGGUUGGCCCCCAACAAAGGGGAGCGAGUCCCCAUCCGGGUGGUGCAGGCGCUGAAUGUGCUGGGUACAGCCCUACUGGCCCCUCUGUGGCACCACGUGUCCUCUGUGGCAGGGCAACCCUGCUCGGUGGCCUUCUUAACUCUGACUUUGUUGCUGGCACUAGCUUGCUGCGCCUCUAAUGUCACUUUCCUGCCCUUCCUGAGCCACCUACCGCCUCUUUUCCUGCGGUCUUUCUUCCUGGGUCAGGGCUUCAGCGCCCUGCUGCCCUGCGUGCUGGCCCUGGCGCAGGGUGUCGGUCGCCUCGAGUGCCCACUAGCCACCGCCAACGGCACCCUGGGGCUUCCCCACUACUUCCCGGAGCGCUUCUCCGCCAGCUCCUUCUUCUGGACACUGACUGCCCUUCUGGUCACCUCAGCUGCUGCCUUCCAGGGUCUCCUGCUGCUGUCCCCGUCCCUGCUGCCACCACCAUCUGUACCCCCAGGGGCCCCACAAGCUGGUCCUGAGGACGGGGAGGGAGAAGAGGUCUUGCCCCUGCAGGAGCCAGCAAGCCAGGCGGCAGACACCAUGUCCAGCCCUGAGCCUGAGGCCCAUAGGCUGCUGUCAGCCCGUGGCAUCUGUCUGCUGGGCCUGCUCACGGUCACCAACGCGCUGACCAACGGCGUACUGCCUGCCGUGCAGAGCUUCUCCUGCCUGCCCUACGGACGCCUGACGUACCACCUGGCCGUGGUGCUGGGCAGUGCCGCCAACCCCCUUGCCUGCUUCUUGGCCAUGGGCGUGCUGUGCAGGUCCUUGGCAGGCCUGGCUGGUCUCUCUCUGCUGGGCGUGCUCUUUGGGGCUUACCUGGUAGCCCUGGCGAUCCUAAGCCCCUGCCCACCCCUGGUGGGCACCUCUGCAGGAAUAGUCCUCGUGGUGGUAUCCUGGGUGCUGUGUCUGGGCUUGUUCUCCUACGUGAAGGUGGCGGCAAGCUCCCUGCUGCAUGGCGGGGGCCAACAGGCACUGUUGGCAGCAGGGGUGGCUAUCCAGGUGGGCUCCCUGCUUGGGGCUGUCACCAUGUUUCCUCCCACCAGCAUCUACCACGUGUUCCACAGCAGGGAGGACUGUGUGGACACGUGUGGCUCUUGA